CACCUUUCCGUCGUCGAAUUAGACAGGGUAAACUUCUUAAUGUUUUUCGCUAGUAAUUCUAACAGUUCAAAUCUACAACUGACAAUAUUUUAAAAUAAGUCAUGGCCAAGGUAACAAUACAUUUGCUGUUAUUAUUGAUGGCUAAUUAUCACAUACUUUGUAAAGGAUCUGAACAUGUGUGUGAACCCUGUGAAGAAAACAAGCAGUGUAACAUUUCAUACAUAGUACCAGAUGAGCCAGAUGCAAAUAUAGUAUUUUCCUGGGAAUAUGACAAUAACGAAGUAAUGACGUGCUAUAAUAUAGUUAGCAUCCCUUGUAACAUUUAUCCACAGUUUGCUCAGUAUAUUUCAUUUUCAACACACAAUGAACAUGGAUCUAUUACCUUGAGCCUCAUAUUUCUUAAAAUCAGUCGACAAUCGAGAUCAUCAUCUGUGGAAGGAACAUGGAAUUUAAAAGUUUAUAACAAAAAAAAUGAGCCUCAACUUGUUCUUACUUGUGAUUUAACAGUUUUUAGAAAACCAACAGAUAUCUACUGUGAAUAUGCGAGCGUAACCCAAGGACUACAAAUACAAUGUAUUGGUGAAAUGUCUUAUCCAGAAAUGGCUUGUACUGUUAACGUUCAAGUUACAAAGGACUCAAAACCACAAUAUAUUGUAGCUGUGUAUACUAACGCUGGCGUUAAAGAGCAGCCAAUUUAUUACAAGUCAACGUGUUUAGCAAUCAUUCCUUGUGAACUUUUAGUAAAUGAGUUUAUAAGAUUUGACGUAAAUUUCUUCCCAAAAGAUUUAAAUUACUCUGAAAAUUUGCGAGCUGGAUCAAAUUAUUCGAGUUCUUUCAAAAUAGAUUACUUAGGUCACAAUUUGAAACACUACACUAUAACAGACAAACAGGGAAGACAAGUCAAUGUUUACUGUCCACUAGACAAUUUAAGAGACAGUAAUGCGUCAACGGAAGAUAACGUAAACAACUUUAAGACAACAGCUGUAAACAAAACAGAAACAAAACCAACCAAAGAAACAGAUUCAAGGCUUUGGAUUCCUGUGGUUUCUGUUAAAAGUUGUAUAAUUACGUUGCUUGCUGUUCCAGGUCUGAUUUUUUUAUAUAGACAAAGACGCUCAACUUUAAAUCACAAACGUACAAGAAGUGAAAAAUCGUUUCCUGAAGGACUUGAAAGAUUGAUCAAAGCAAACAAUUUUGGAAAGUAUUUCCCUGUUCAUCUCGGUACAAGCACGACAAGGCAAAAUUUCAGUGGAUAUACUGUCUACUUCCAAUAGGCACAGCUAUUUAAAAGAGAUUGAACUAACUUCGGGUAAAGGAACUUCGAUCAUCGAUGGAAUUUUGGAAAAUUCAGCAGUCGUGCAUAGACAUUGUCAUGUUAAACAUUUUAUUAAGGCAAAUGACUUUAAAAUUAAAAAUCUACCAGACAAAUAUCGAGACCAGACAGUGUUUAAAUACAUUAAAGUCAUAGCAGAACUUACAGGAAGGGUGGAUGUUAACUUCACAAGCCAAGACAGACCGGAUGUUGAUCCCAUCACAAAUACUAAAUACCCAGUUUGGGAUACAAAGAAGAAAAAAAAAUUAAGGACUGGGACUGGCACUGUUGUGUCUUUGAUAUACGUUAGAGGCGUAAAAUGUCCAUGUCCUGAAUGUAAAGACUCACCAAGUAAAGUGUUUUAUCUGGUCUAUGUGCUUACAGCUAAACAUGUUGUGUUUGAUGACACUGAAGCUCGCAAAAGUUUUUUUCGUAUUGGUUACAACACAGCAACAUCGUCAUUAUAUCGACUAUAUGGACUGAGAGUUGUUGAAAGUGACAUUAAUGCUGGUGGCUCUCUUAUUGAAUAUGUUACCCAUGAAUCAAAGUUUGGCAAUCGUCUUUCUGAUACUUUAAAAAGACACCAUUUAAGUGAAAAGAAAAUUUCAAAUCGUUUUCUUUCGCCAGAUGACAACAAACUUGCUGUCAUAGUUUCCCAUCCACACGGAGAACCCAAGUGUGUUUCUAUCGGAGAAUGGGUUGAUAGAGAUCUAAUAUCUACACCCACUCUUGUAAGGGCUCGUUACUUUUACACUACAAAAACAUGUAAAGGUUCCAGUGGUGCCGCUGUUAUUGUCUUAGGAGACAUGUUGCCUCGUGUGGCUAAACGUCCGAUAGAAUAUAAGAUUGAAUGUACUAGUGACAGUGUCGGACUUAGUCUAAGCUGCUUUAAUAAAUGAGCAACUGGCAACACUAAGUUGGAUAUCACCGGUGCUGUUACUAAAGUUUAGCCGCCAACACCACCUCGCAACAGUUUAGCAUUUUUACACUUUUGAUGAUGUUGUUCUGAAUUAGUCGUUUUGUGUAGUCUUCAGCAUGAUCCAGAGUCGAUUACCAUCAAAGAAUAUCAUUCGCAAAAGAAUUCAUUCCUGUUCACUCAUGUUUUCAAUUUGAAAGGGUUUGUUAGCUUUCCCUUGUAGAUUAACUUAGAGACAGAGUUUUAAGUAUGAUAUAUAUGUACAUUUUUGGUUAUACUAUCUGGUUCAUUAGCUUCCAGUUAGCAUCUUAUUCACAUAUUUACACUAGUAAACAUAAAUGUAUUA